GAGAGACAGUCGGGUGUACUGUAGGGCGGGUGUUGUUUCGUGGCAGUAGCCUACUGAAGAUGGGCGGACUCUAAAACCAGCCAGGAAAAGACAGGAAAGCUGAUACUUCCCCGGAGCACAACAGAAAGAAAACGAUGGCUGCCAUUCGUAAGAAACUCGUCAUAGUGGGUGAUGGAGCCUGUGGAAAGACCUGUUUGCUUAUUGUUUUCAGUAAAGAUCAGUUUCCUGAAGUCUACGUGCCCACAGUUUUUGAGAACUAUGUUGCAGACAUCGAGGUCGAUGGAAAACAGGUGGAGCUUGCCUUAUGGGAUACGGCUGGACAGGAGGACUAUGAUCGGUUAAGACCUCUCUCCUACCCCGACACAGAUGUCAUUCUUAUGUGCUUUUCCAUCGACAGUCCCGAUAGCUUGGGUAAGACGUCCUCGUAAACAAUUAGAUGUUACCAGCCCAAUCAUCACUCUUUAGAUCUUAAUGUUGAAAAAAGAUUCAAGUCGG